AUGGCCACUCCGGGUACACAAAUCUCAAAGCGCAGAAAGUUCGUAGCCGACGGUGUUUUCUAUGCCGAGCUGAACGAGUUCUUCCAGCGCGAGCUGGCCGAGGAGGGCUACUCCGGCGUCGAGGUCCGCGUCACCCCCACCGUCACCGAUAUCAUCAUCCGCGCAACGCACACCCAGGAGGUUCUUGGAGAGCAGGGCCGCCGCAUCCGUGAGCUCACUUCCCUGAUCCAGAAGCGCUUCAAGUUCCCCGAGAACUCUGUCUCCCUCUACGCCGCCAAGGUCCAGAACCGUGGGCUGUCCGCGGUCGCCCAAUGCGAGUCCCUCCGCUACAAGCUGCUUAACGGUCUAGCCGUCCGUCGUGCCUGCUAUGGUGUCCUCCGUUUCAUUAUGGAGUCCGGUGCCAAGGGUUGCGAGGUCGUCGUUUCGGGUAAGCUCCGUGCUGCUCGUGCCAAGAGCAUGAAGUUUACCGACGGCUUCAUGAUCCACUCCGGUCAACCAGCCAAGGACUUCAUCGACCACGCCACCCGUCACGUUCUCCUUCGCCAGGGCGUUCUCGGUAUCAAGGUGAAGAUCAUGCGCGGUUCCGACCCCGAGGGCAAGGCUGGCCCCAUGAAGUCGCUACCUGACGCCGUCACCAUCAUCGAGCCCAAGGAGGAGCAGAGCGUCAUCCAGCCCAUGAGCCAGGACUACGGUGCUAAGGCCGCCCAGGUACAGGCCCAGGCCGAGGCACAACGUGCUGCUGAGCAGGAGGGCGGCGAAGAGGAGGCCGCACCCGCUGAGCAAGAAUAA